ACGGUCAGAGUCCAGAGAACAGAGCAGCUGGAGAGUAGAUGACCAGCUGCAAGAAGGACAUCUCUGUUCAGCUGUCCCCUGAAGCUGUCUCACCCCACGGAGAGGAUGAAGGCCUCUGUGACUGCCUUCUUUCUCCUCAUCUUCAUCCUCAUCGCUACUUCUGCUUUUUGCAGCCAGCCGAAAAUUCCUGAGUCGGUGAACCAUCCACCCACCUGCUGCAUGAAGUAUCAUGAGAAAGUGUUGCCAAGGAAACUGGUGGCAGGAUACAGAAAGGCCCUCAACUGUCAUCUGCCAGCAAUCAUAUUUGUCACCAAAAAGAACCGAAAUGUCUGCAGCAACCCCAGCGACGACUGGGUCCAAGAGUACAUCAAGGAUCCCAGGCUACCUUUGCUGCCCUCCAGAAACUUGGGCAGGGUUAAAAGUAUUAAAAGAAAAGACUAACCCCACCUCCUCAAGUCCCCAUGAGAACCAGGCCUUAGUAGAAGCCCAAGCUUAUGGAAGGAAGGAACAAAGCUACGAAGACAGAGCAGCUUUAUGGUCUGAAAUUAGCAAAACCACAUUCAGAGAAACAGGCUGAUGGUUGAAAUAAAGAAAAUGUAUUUCCAAUGUUUUCUCAGUCUUGGGAGGAAAUGCCAGCCUUAGGAGAGGUGGGCAGAAAUACAUUCUCAGUAUACAAGAAAACUUCUUUCCCAUCCCUCUCCUGGCUCUGCUUGCAAGUCCUCACCCCACACCAAUACACCAGCCAUUCUGAAUAAUUAGCCAGGCUCCAGCCUGCCAGACUCUCCGGCCUCCUCGGUCUUGACCCAUCCAGAACCACCCAGAACUCUUGACUUUUCCUGUCCACACUUACCCCUCUUCUGGAUGUACUUUUUUCUUCCAUUAUUCUUUUCUUUUAUAACACAACUUUCUGUUAGCAGGUUAGGGUGGGGAUAACCACAUUAAUCAUCUUUGUCCUUAUUGCAGAGGGUUUGCUAGAUCAUGCUCACAUCUGGUCUCCCCCAAGAUGGCAUAAAUACAGAGCAGACCCGAUCGAAAAAGAAGCAGCACAAAUUUCUGCCUCCACAAAGCUCUAAGCUCUAAGCUUUGUGGAGCAAGGAAAGGGCACUAGACAAGGUUGGGGGUAAACUCUUGAUCUAAAACUCAAGCAUACAAUAAAUAAAAUUUCCUUAAUUGCCAACUUGA